UUCUUUGACGACGUUAUUUUGUUUAAACAAUGGAAUUUAUAAAGUUAAUAUUCAACAUACCGAUUUUAAAAGAACGUCUUGUGAUAUAAAUUGGUGGAUUUCUGAGGACGUAUUUAUUGUGGUUUUCGGAGAAAAAGCAACAAAGCAACAACAAUAAUCAUUCUGAUUAUAUGUCAUCAAUGUGUUGAACGAUUUGGUAUUAUAUAGGACUCUCGGAUAUGCGUUUCGGUAAAUAAACCGUUACCCCACUGAAGGGGAAAAUGAAAAUGAAAACCUAGGGGUUUCAUUCAUAUUGAUUAUUGAGAGAAAAUUUACAGUUGCACAGUGUUUUCUGGAGUUGAAAAUGGCACGAAGUCCAAGACUAACAAGUUUUUUAGACUCCAGUGGCAGUUUUGUCGAAGAAAGGAGUAGAACGUUCGUGGUGCCCAGCAGAAGAACGGAAAGUGCCGAUGGCGCGUCGGAAGGAGACUUUGCAAGCGGCCAUGACAUGGAAACAUUAGUAUCCUUGGUAAAUAAUAAGUUUGAGAAACGGGAAAGACUUAUUAAGAAAGAUAUGAGAGAAGAAAUUGAAAGAAGACUCGAGAGAGAUAAAAGACAUCAUGAAGAAAUUAUAGCAACUUUAAGACGCGAUUUAUCUCAGUUAACUAAAAUAUCACAAGAGUGCGAUGGUCUAAAAGACUUACAGAAAGCAAUGCAGCAGGAGAUGAAUAGUCAGCAAGAAAAGAUCAUGUCACUAAGAGAAGAAAACGCACAUCUUAGGAUGGAAAAUGCUAAACUACAGGGAGUACAUUCUGAAGUUGAAGCAUUAAAAAUAGAAAAUGACUCCAUUCGGAGAGAGAAAGUGAAUUUGGAAAUGCGAUCGAUUAAACUGAAAUCGACGAUAGCAGAGAAAGAGCAGGAGAUUAUCAGUUUAAAAACUUUGAUAGACACGCAGUAUAAAAGGAUUAAACUUGAUCUAACAAACACUAGAGAUAGGUUCCACAGUGAUCAAGAAACCAUACAUACGGGGAUGAAACAACAAAACCUGGUGUUGGCGGAAAUUUCGGCAGCUGUGCAAACUAUUUCCACAGGGAUGGGAGGAAGGAAUGGCGCUAAAAGGGAUUUGCGUAGAUCUACUGGAGGAAAUAGUACAUCUCCAAAAACUAAAGCUUUUGUCGCCGGUGGCAAAGUCUCGUCCGAGACAACACUCAGUACACUACCAGGACAUACACCAAAGAAACGACAUUAAGUUUCUUUGUCGCAGUCGGAGUUUAAAGAUGUUUAAAAAAGAACAAAUUUCAUGCUGACUUUAGCUUGAACUUUACGUAAACUUACCUAAAAGAAAUUUAUUAAAACUAGUUUUUUUAAUAUAUGGAUGUGACGUGACCCUUGAAAUGGUCGAAAUUGUUUUAUGCGAUCUUGUUACGGUGUACCGUAACCACUAGAAUGAGGGAAAAGUCUUGUUACCGAUUUUGUGUUGUUUUAGGGGACAUAUUUUUCGCAGUAUAAAAGUAUUGGAUGCGAUGAAAAAAAACCUUGUUAUAGACUAGGGGGGAUAAAUUUCUCCCAUUUCAAGUGACAAUGUUUGCGGACAAUGAUACACGCAUUUUGCGGUUGCUCGAUCCACUUGCUUCGGAACGAAUCUGGCUGAAAUCCAUUGAUACAACGACUAUGUGACAAGAAGUUUCGGAGAUUUUUUCCACAGGAGUGGGAGAAAGAAAUGGCACUAAAAGGGAUGUGCGUAGAACUGCUGCAAGAAAUGGUACAUCUCCAAAAACUAAAGCUUUUGUCGCCGGUGGCUAACUCUCGUCCGAGUCAACACUCAGUACACUACCAGGACAUACACCAAAGAAACGUCAUUAAGUUUCUUUGUCGCAGUCGGAGUUUAAAAAAAAGAACAAAUUUCAUGCUGACUUUAGCUUGAACAUUACGUAAACUUAUCUAAAAGAAAUUUAUCAAAACUAUUUUUUUAAAUAUAUAUAGAUGUGACGUGACCUUUGAAAUGGUCGAACUUGUUUUAUGCGAUCUUGUUACGGUGUACCGUAACCACUAGAAUGUUACCAAUUUUUUGUUGUUUUAGAGGACAUACUUUUCGCAGUAUAAAAAUAUUGAAUGCGAUGAAAAAAAACUGUUAUAGACUAGGGGGGAAUAAAUUUCUCGCAUUUCAAGUGAUAAAGUUUGCUGACAAUGUUACACGCAUUUUGCGGUUGCUCGAUCCACUUGCUUCGGAACGAAUCUGGCUGAAAUCCAUUGAUACAAAGAUUGUGUGCCAGUAACUUUCGGAAAGUUUCAAAGACAAAACAAAAUGUAAAUGGGCUGUACUGUGUGGAGUGCCCAUAAGCAAACAGUUGUACCGGUUCAUAACUAUCAAUUUCCAUACUGUUUAAUCUCCUAAAUAAAGUGUUCCAUUGAAACAAUACAUUAGCGAUUGAAUAGUGUGAGGAAAGCUAAAAGAAUGGCUCCCUUUAUUAUAGGAAACUUCAGAAUAUACGUUUAAUACACUUGUUAAUUUGUCAAUAAAGUACUAUAGAAUUUCA